ACUCUUGAUAUAUCUAAUAAGAUUUUUCAGUUAUCAUCUUCUAACAUUAUAUGAUGGAAUCAAGAAUCAUGUCAUGGAUGAUUUCUUCCCUGCAUUAUUAAUAUUUGAAUUUUACCAUUUAUGUUAAUCUUUUUAUUAAGAGCUAGGAUCAUAAUAGUGGCAAAGAGAAACGAAUAGGAGAAUGGCUACCAGCUAAACAAGAUCACUGGUUCUAUAUCCUAUCCGCUCUUCCAUUAUCCCCCUGACACAACAGUUUCACAGAUCACGUGCUACCCAACAUGGACAAUCCUUUAUCUUCCUCUUUGCAUGCAAAUCGGUAACGUGUCCUAGCAAGUCCCUGCAUGGGUCAACACCAUCCUUAUCAUCGUCCCCCUCGACCGGAUUUUGCCACGUUUAAGACAGAAGAAAAAGUGAAAUCAGUUGAGUUUGCCGCACAAAGAUCUUCAAUGGCUGUCACCGAAGAGCCCAUUCUCUCAAGAUUGGACCGUUUGGACAACAUGUUGAGGGAGCUAGAAGAAAUUAGAGGUAGCUGCAACAGAUCACCAAAGAGCUCAUGUGAAUCGACCGCAUCAAGUGGGACACUUGCAAGUGAAGGCCAAAUGUAAUCCAUUGAUUUUUCCCCAAGGAGUACUCUAGAGAAGCACUGCCGUCCUAUCAACCGUGUGAUGAUGGAGACUGAAAUCAAAGGCACACUCGUUGAGGGCCUUGACCAUGCAGAGGAACGUUUACUAAAACUGUGUAUCCAGUUGGAGGACGAACUUGAGGCUGAGAAGAAAAGGGAAGAGAAGACUGAUAAGAGUGAGAAGAAGGGCUUAAAAGGACUUUUGUUAAAAACAUGGUUAAGGGAAAGAACCACCAUAAAACAAAGGAUUGAAGUGUUUUUCAUCUUCUUUCUUUAAUUUCUUUUUAUGUUCUUGAAGCUUUUACAGCUUUUCUUGUGAAUUUCUACCUCCUUUUUUUGGUUUCUCUUUAUGUAUAUAUGAAAUGGUAGGAAGAUAAUUAAUCAUCCCAAAGAA